AUGGUGCUGUUCGGCCAGCGGACGGACACCGACGGGCAGAAGUGGUUCUGCGGCGGCGUCCUCAUCACCGACCGACACGUGCUCACGGCCGCACUCUGCAUGCGGCCCGAGCAGGCCGCCACCGUGGUCGCCCGCAUCGGCGAUCAUGACCUCACCACCUUCAGGGACGUCCAUCACCAGGAGCGCAACACCUACAGUAUCGGCGCCAAGAUCUGUGCGGGCAGCCGCGACGACAAGCCACGGGACGCGUGUCGGGGAGACUCGGGGGGUCCACUGAUGGUCGAGCUGCCCGAUGGUUCCUACCGGCUCACUGGCAUCGUCUCCACCGGCGUCGGCUGUGACAAUCCUGAAUUUCCCGGCAGCUACACCAAGGUGUCAUCCUACAUUGACUGGAUCCUCGGCAAUCUACUGAGUACGAAUGCGGACAACCACAUGACAACGCUAUGA